AUUUCCUACCCGCCACAGUACGAGCGAGGUGAAGGACUUGCCUACACCGUUCGUUUGACUGGCCAUGCUUCGAAGCAGACUAUGGCAGUCUACGCAGCUCCGAGCGGUCCCUUCCCCUGCGCGCUCGCCGCCUGCGCUUCGUCUGGGCAGACUCUACAACUCGGCAUCGCAUACCGCGUCGGGGAGCGCGCCGUCUACCUCCGAUGAGCGGAACCCUCUCGAGUCCUCUCGAGCUCAAGGCGAGGACGCGCAACCGUCAAGUGAUGUUCCGCUGUCAAAUCCAAGUGCCAGUUCGGACGGGGAAGCUUCCGGUAACUCAACUAUUCAACUGGGUGCGCCCGAGCAGGGGGACGUAGCGUCGGCCAAGGACUCUGAAGCCUCCCCGCAAGCGCCUGCUGCACCGACGCAAACGCCAGCGGAGCAGACAAGGCCCGAAACGCCUUCGGAGGAGCGACCGCUACUACCACUGUCCAAGUCUCUGGACGUCGAGCAGCUUCGCGGGCGGUUCAACGAGCUCACGGCCGCAGCUGCCGCCGCCGCUCGGGAACGAACAAACAACCUGUCGGCCGUCGCACUCCAGAGAUUCUCCCGACUCGGCGCGGAACUCAACAAAGUGACGGGAUACGAGCAGAUCGAGGCGCUCAAGCAGACGGUGGCCGAGCAAGAGGCUAAAAUAAAAGCCGCACGCAGAGCUGCCCGGGAGUCCAAAACGGCAUACGACGACGCAGUAGUCCAGCGCGCGGUCUCCCAGCGCGAGGUGAACGACCUGCUGCAGCGCAAGUCCGGCUGGAGCGACGCCGACGUCUCGCGCUUCACGGAGCUCGUGCGCGCGGACCACGCGCUCGAGCAGGCCGAGGCGCGCGCCAAGGCCGCGGUGGCGACGUCCGAGGACGCGGUCGACAAGGAGUUCUCCGCGCUCAUGCGCGCCAUCCUCGCGCGCUACCACGAGGAGCAGGUGUGGAGCGACAAGAUCCGGAGCGCGUCGACGUACGGGAGUUUGGCGGUGUUGGGCGUGAACAUGUUCGUGUUCGUGCUGGCGAUUGUGCUUGUGGAGCCGUGGAAGCGAAGGAGGCUUGCGCAGACGUUCGAGGGCAAGGUGGAGGAGAUGGGGGUGGAGAACAGGCGCGUGGUGGAGGAGGGUGCGAGGAGGCUGGAGAAGAGGUUAGAGGCACACGAGCUGUUGUUGGCGGAGGUGGUGGGGCAUGUUGCGGUGAGGCAGGCGGUGGAGGCGCCAAGUGCACCUCCAGUUUUGUUGGAGGGUGAAACGUUGGUUGCCUCGGAGGAGCCAUCGCCUGAUUCUUGGUUCGCCUGGAUGCCCAAGACGGACAGGGAGCGACAGAUUCUUCUCUCGACAGGGAGCGCACUUGCUGGAGGAGUAGUGGCACUGGGGCUCCGGGCUUUGUUCAGCUAAUUUUCAUACAUCUUACGUUACCCUUGCAUAGACCAAUAUCAUACAAUCAUAAC